AUGCCCUCUAAAACAUCGAAGAAGGUGGAAAAGGCUCAAGCUGAUAAUACAGCAGAGGAAUCUUUCUACGCAUCACCUCUUUACGAUUUUUUGUAUCCGUUCAAACCAGUAGGAUCUCAAUGGUUACCUGAGUAUAUCAUCAUCCUAUUUGCUGUCAUAAUAAGGUGUGCCAUUGGGUUGGGACCUUAUUCAGGUCAAUCGGUGAAACCAAUGCAUGGUGAUUUUGAAGCUCAAAGGCAUUGGUUAGAAAUUACGCAACAUUUACCCAUUUCUCAAUGGUAUUAUUUUGACUUAGAAUAUUGGGGGUUGGAUUAUCCACCUUUGACCGCCUACCACUCCUACAUUCUAGGUAAAUUAGGCUCCCUAAUUAAUCCGGAUUGGUUUGCAUUGAACGUUUCUAGAGGAUUGGAAUCUAAUGAUCUGAAGACCUACAUGAGAUUUACUGUAAUUUUAAGUGAAGUUAUAUUUUAUAUCCCAGCUGUGGUAUAUUUUACGAAGUGGGUAGGUAGGCACAGAGGUCUAAGUCCUGUUGGUCAGUUUAUUGCAGCUGCUGCCAUUCUAUUUCAACCUGCUUUGAUGUUGAUAGAUCAUGGUCAUUUCCAGUACAACUGCGUGAUGCUUGGUUUUACUGUUUAUGCAAUUAAUAGCUUGAUGGAUGAAUUUUAUGCACCAGCAGCAGCUUGUUUUGUCCUUUCCAUAUGCUUCAAACAAAUGGCUCUGUACUACUCACCUAUUUUCUUUGCCUAUUUAUUAGGCAGAUGCGUCUUUAAGACUGGUAUUCGCUUCCCAAGAUUUUUAUCAAUAGCCAUGGCCACUAUCGCCACAUUUUUGGUAAUGUACAUUCCUUUAUAUAUCAUGGGUAGUGGAUCACAAAAUGUCUUACAGUCCGUUCAUCGAAUUUUUCCAUUUGCUAGAGGUAUCUUUGAAGAUAAGGUGGCCAACUUCUGGUGUGUGACGAACAUCUUCGUGAAAUACAAACAGUUAUUCACGCAACAGCAAUUGCAACUGUAUUCCUUAUUGGCUACUGCACUAGGAUUUUUGCCAGCUGUAGUGCUUGUACUUCUAUAUCCUAAGAAACAUCUUGUUCCUUUUGCACUAGCAGCAUGUUCGAUGUCAUUCUUUCUCUUCAGCUUCCAAGUUCAUGAAAAGACUAUUUUGGUCCCACUUCUUCCAAUUACUUUAUUGUACACCUCCACUAAUUGGGAUGUUCUUUCAUUGGUGAGCUGGAUUAACAAUGUGGGACUAUUUACACUAUGGCCACUUCUCAAGAAAGAUGGAUUAGCAUUACAAUACUGUGUUUGUUUUGCAUUUUGCAAUUGGUUAAUUGGUAACUUCAGUUUUGUAACUCCAACAUUUUUACCCAAGUUUUUAACCCCAGGGCCAUCUGUGAGUAGUGUGGAUAGCAAUUAUCGUCGCAGAAGUUUAUUACCUAAGAGUAUCAUUUGGAAAUUGAUCAUUGUUGGAUCUUAUAUUUCCAUGGGAGCUAUUCAUGUGCUAGACAUGUUCGUAGCGCCACCCCUAAAUUAUCCUGAUCUUUGGGUUAUUUUAAAUUGCACUCUUGGUUUCGGUUGUUUCAUGCUAUUUUGGCUAUGGAACUACUAUAAACUUUUCAGUUUGGCAGGACAGUCUCUACAACAGUUGUAG